AUGACGGCGUCGGACGAAGAGCUAAGGCAGCAGGACGUCGUCGGUGUUGUGCCUGCAGCCGUCCAGGAGGAGGCGGCGGCAGAGGGCGUCGAGGAGGUGACGCAGUCGCUCGAGGAGAUCCUGGCGCUCGGCCAGGGGCUGGACGACCAGGACUACAAGGCCGAGCUCCAAGUGCUGCAGAACGAUCCGAAUUCAAAUCUCUACUCGGCCGUAACCUUCGAAGAGCUCAACUUACCAGAGCCGCUGCUCAAGGGCGUGUACAACAUGAAGUUCGCAAAGCCGUCGAAGAUUCAGUCGGUCGCGUUGCCGCUGAUCUUAGCUGAUCCGCCCGAGAACCUCAUUGGCCAGGCACAGAGCGGCAGUGGCAAAACUGCUACUUUUGCCCUGGGUAUGCUGUACCGCGUGGACGUGAACUUGAAAGCCCCGCAGGCCGUGUGUGUAGGUCCCACUCGGGAGCUCGUGCGGCAGAUCAUGGCUGUGGUGAAUGCCAUGGGCAAAUUCAUUGGCGUCGAGACGUUUUUGGCGAUUCCAGGCAACGACGUUGCUCGGGGCGAGCGCUUGACGGCUCAAGUGAUUGUCGGCACCCCGGGCAAAGUUGAGGGCAUGAUCAAGAAGAAGCAGCUCGAAACGCGCGAUGUGAAGAUUUUUGUGCUGGACGAGGCCGACGUGAUGGUUGCAGAAGAUGGUAUGCGCGAGCGCUCUGUGGCGAUCAAGCGGAUGAUCAAGAACCGUGCGUGCCAGUACCUCUUGUUCUCGGCGACGUACGCGGACGACGUGCGGGAGUUUGCCCAGAAGAUGGUGCCUGAUCACAACAUUAUUACCGUCAAGAAGGAGAAGCUCACUCUAGACGGUAUCAAGCAGUUCUGGAUCGACUGUAAGACUCGCGACAACAAGUUCCAAGUGCUCUCGGACAUUUUUGCAGUCUUGACGAUCGGCAAGUGCGUCAUCUUUGUGCAGCAGCGCGAAACAGCCAAGGAACUGACGCGUCGUAUGCGUGAGAAGGGCCACAUGGUGGGUAUCUUGCAUGGUGCCGACAUGGCGAAGGAGGUGCGCGACCAGGUGAUCGAUGAGUUCCGUGCCGGUACAACCAAUGUGCUGAUCACUACGAAUGUGCUCGCUCGUGGCAUCGAUGUGGCGGGUGUGUCACUUGUCGUGAACUUUGACAUCCCGCUAACGCGCGACCAACGCCCGGACCCCGAAACGUACUUGCACCGUAUCGGUCGUACAGGUCGUUUUGGCCGCAAAGGCUGCGCCAUCAACUUUGUCUACGACAACAAGAGCAAGCAAGACCUUGCGGAUAUUGAAGAGCACUACGCGCGACCUAUCACUCAGGCUCCCGCGGACGAUAUCGAGGAACUCGAGAAGCUGCUGGCCUGGGAGUAA